AGCCGGCGCCUGGGGGGCCUGAGGGAUAGGAUGCCUCAUCCGUAGCCGGGUCCGCUCGCCGGUUCCCCGAUCAGGUGCGGGCGUCCCGCACAAUGCAGAGAUGGCCCAUUCUGUUUAUGGUGCCUGCACAGGCGCUCCUCUUUCACCAAGUCGACCAGUCGCAAGCUCCAGCCUGCCCCAUGGACUCGGCUGGGCCCUCCUGGGGCAUUUGGAUCGAUGGGAAGAAUGCCAGUGAGGGCGAGCAGGCGUAUGGUGCCGCAUACUCCAAGCUCAUGCGCCGCGCUCUGCUGGAAGUUUACCGGAUGCAGCAGAAGCAUGUCAGCACAGAGGUUGCUGCAAUGCGAGUCCAGCACCUGCUGCACAUGCCUUUCUUAGAUAAGUUUGGAGGUUUGUUCGACACAAAGAAGGCGCCUGGUCGCAACUUUCGGCGUGCUUUCGAGUGCAUCCAACGCGAAGUCCCUCAGCAGUUUGUGACGUCCAUGCUGCAGACGGACAUCGACGACGUGUAUGAUGUGACAUGCCUUCCGUCCAAGCCAUGUCGCUCUCCCCUUUUGCCGCUGCGCCACACUCUUGAACAAGUGUUCAAGAGCUAUCAUUCCAAGAUGGCAAAAGCAAAACUUGAGGAUGAGAAGCUGCGUCUUCUGGCAUCCUUGCUGAAGAAUCUGGCGCUGCUUCACCCAUUGCCAGACCGAAAUGGCCGAAGCCGACUGCUGCUGCUGCAAUUUGAGCUGCGACGAUUGGGCUUGGCCUGUGGGACUAUGCUUUUCAACAACAACAAUAACAUCUACGUUGACUCAGUAUCCGUACUCGCCGCCAAGAUCAAAGAAGGGAUCGCCAUGUACAAUCGAGCUGUGAGCACUGGCGUGAACCCCUGGCUUGGAUCGCAGCGCCAAACCUUUCCUUCCUCCCCUUACGCGAAGGAGCUGAGCAGGUGCUAUGAAGGCCAUUCGGCCAAUAGAGGCCACGGGCUGUCGAUUGAGUGAGUGCUAGCCGGUUGGAAGGCCUGGGC